GAAAAACCGCAACGGAAUCUGAGACGAAAUUUUGCACUACUUUUACACCGAUCCGGUGUAACCGCCGGUAGUGAAACAGAGGUAAUUCGACCAAAAAAGCAUGUCUACAGAACUUCAGGAUGGUGAUGGCCCUGACAGGAAAAAGGCGAAAACAAAUGAAUACGUUAAGGAAGGUGUGUUACUUGGAUAUGGCAACCCUCUGUUAGACAUUUCUGUCACUGGAACACAGGAGUUUCUGGAGAAGUAUGGUCUGCAGAGUGAUAAUGCUAUCCUAGCAGAGGAAAAGCACAAACCAAUGUAUAAGGACAUGGUGGACACUUUUGGGGACAAAGUGGAAUAUGUGCCUGGUGGUGCUACCCUUAAUGCAAUUAAAGUGGCCCAGUGGUUGUCAGGAGUUCCUGAGGCUACAUCGUUCUUUGGGUGUAUCAAUAAAGAUGAGUUUGGUCGUAUAAUGGAGAACAAAGCAAAAGAAGCAGGAGUGAACACCAAAUUCCAGUAUACUGAUAAAGAACCAACAGGAACCUGUGCUGUCAUAGUCACUGGAAGCAACAGGUCAUUGUGUGCAAAUUUAGCAGCGGCCAACUGUUUUACAGAGGAACAUUUAGAAUCCCCAGAGAACUGGAAACUCGUGGAGAAGGCUCAGUAUUAUUAUAUUGCUGGCUUCCCUCUCACUGUUAGUCCCCCAUCCAUAAUGAGAAUUGCAAAACAUGCUCAUGAAUCUGGUAAGACAUUCACCAUGAACCUAUCCGCUCCAUUUCUCUGUCAGUUCUUCAAGGAACCCAUGCUGAAGACUUUGCCGUAUGUGGAUAUUCUGUUUGGAAAUGAAACUGAGGCAGAGACAUUUGCUAAAGAAAACAACUUUGGGACAACUGAUAUUGCCGAGAUUGCAUUAAAAAUAGCUGCAUUUCCCAAGGAGGACAACAAACCUAGGACUGUCGUUAUCACUCAGGGAAGCAAUCCAAUUGUUGUAGCUAAAGAUGGUAAAACUACAGAAUAUCCUGUGAUUCCUAUCGCUGACAAAGACAUUGUAGAUACCAAUGGAGCAGGAGAUGCUUUUGUUGGAGGUUUCUUAGCUCAGCUGAUACAAGGCAAGUCUAUAGAGGAGUGCAUACGAUGUGCAAACUAUGCAGCUAAUAUCAUCAUUCAACGUUCAGGGUGCACCUACCCAGAAAAACAUAGUUUCCAGUGAAAAGGUUCAGGAAUUACAACAGUACCUCAUAGGAAUGACAGCGAUUCUGAGGUAACAUUGUACUUCAGAGAGGUUUCAGAGACAUGGUUGUGCUCGGACUCUGUGAUGAUUAACUACAGGGUCUCUUGAUCUGAAAUUACGAUUGUAUGACAGACAGGAUGUACAUUCCUCAACAAUGUGGUAACUCUAGCUUCCAGAAAUCAUUACCUGGAUUUUGUUUUCAUCAUAACCUUGAAAAAUAUUUACUAACAAUUUCAUAAUUAUUACAGUAUUGAAUUGUAUCAGAAUGUAGUGUAUACAGUAGUGAUGAAACUCGUGUCUCUUUAUAUUAAAAGCUGAAAAUCUGA